GUUCAUAUUCUAAAUAUAAAGACAUAUAUUAUAAAAAUACUACGGAUGAAAAGUCCAUUAAUGUAAUAUUCGAAAACUACAUUUGUUCUCAAUUCGAUUCUGAUAUAGUAGGGUCGGCAAUAAUGAAUUUCAGUAAUUGUAUGAUGAGAAAUGUUUCCAAUUUUUUGAUUUGUAACGAGCAUAAUGAGGACCUUAAAUAUGAAAUAUAUGUAAAUCUUGGUGAACAUAUUACUAUAU